GCACCUUGUCUUCUAAACAUAUACUCCAAAAUUUGCCACUAGUUUGCGGCUUCAACAUAUAACACUACUACUGUUACUCGGCGGCGAUAAUGGGGCUUUCUAAAAACCAACUUCUUCAACGCCUACAGGAUGAAAAGAUACAGUUUUCGCAGUAUGAACAUCCCGUAGUUAUGACCGUUGAAGCUCAGGCGAAGCAUGUUGGACAUAUCAAAGCUGGAUUGAGUAAAAACUUGUUCCUGAAGGAUAAGAAGCACAGGUUUUAUAUUGUUUCGGCGUUGGCUGAUACUAAAGUAGAUUUAAAGGUUUUAUCUCAAAGGCUUGGCCUUGGAAAAGGAGGGUUGAGAAUGGCACCCGAAGAAGCAGUUACAGAAAUGCUUCAGGUGCCUCUAGGCUGUGUUACUCCAUUUGCACUUGUGAAUGAAUCAGCUCGGAAUGUUUCGUUGCUGUUAGACCAGGGUUUUAAAUCUCAUGAGUGCUGCUUUUUCCACCCACUUUCAAAUGAUAUGUCAAUCUCCCUUCGUGUACAGGAUGUUGAGUUGUUUCUCAAGUCAGUAGGAAGAAUGGUCUCCUAUGUUGAUCUGGAGGCUAAUCCUCCUGUAGGGAAGGAUCAACCUCCUGAUUUAGCUGCUUUAGUUCCAUCUGAUUCCUCGAGCAUAACAGAUGUUUUGGAGAAAACAGCCUCUUUGCAGAUUGAUGGAGGUGUAAAUAGCAAGCCAGUUGCUGCAAAUAGCAAGCCAGCCACUGCUACAGUCAAAGUAUCAAAGCCUUCCAGUGACCCACCGAAGGAGAAAUUGGCCAAUGCUACAAAUUCUUCAGGAACUUUUGCCGAUCCUGAAAAGUUUGUUGAACAAAUAUUAGGGAAAGCAUCAGCCCUUGUACUUUCAGAGAUCACAGAGGAAAGCAUCAAGAAACACGGUGAACAGCUUGGUGCUGUUGUAUCAAGCAGCUUAAGUAAAAAUCUUAGCAUGGAAUUGAAGAGUCUAGCUACAAUGUUCAAAAAUACUGCAUACACAGAAGGCUUUGUUAUCAGUACUCAUUCCUAUGGUUUUCGCCCAUCAAAGUUCCAGUAAUCGAUGCUUCUAUUAGUUGAGGUGUGCAUGCAAGUAAUGGGAUAACAUUGAUCAAUGGAUUCAACAUCCAUUAGUCUCGAAUUGCCUGAUAUUUCUUGAUUUUCUAGAAGCCUGUUAUAGAUUUACAUGAAUGGGAUUUCCAAUAGAACGGUGUCAAAUGUUAUGAGUUCCUUUUUUUUUUACAUUGAGGAUGACAAUGAUUUACACAAAACUGGUUACAAUGAUGUGUACCUUGUGCCAUGGAAGCUAUACUUGUUCUACAA